CCAGACUUGGUCUUCCGUCUCCGACUCUCUCCGUAAAUUUUCCAUAUAAUAACCCUCCUUCCACAUAUCCACACCCUAAUCUUGCAAACAUGUCUUGGUUAUCCAACGUUUCCUCGCUGAAGCAGCAAGUGACUGCUCAAGUGACUCAAGGUCUCCUUUCGGCUCCGAAACUAUUGGAGUCCGAUUAUGAUGCAAUAAUUAAGAAAGUUCAAGAAACCCAUAAACCUCAGGGCCGCCAAGUUGAUAACCUUGACGGUUUAUUCAGCAUCAUUGGCAAAAUCUUGCUUCAUGACAAUCCCAAAAGUGAUCAUGAUGUUACAAAUGAAAAAUCCAUAGUGCAUGAAGUACCGGCUUCCCUCAUAAACAAAAUCUGCUGCAAGCUAGCGUGCAAUUGCACGGAUAGAGAUGCGGAAGAAACAACUAUGACGAUUCUCGAAAAAGAACUUCAAAACUAUCUGUGGGAUGAAAAGCUGGUUAUUGUGGCAGCUGCUUUUGCAGUGAAUUAUGGUGAAUUUUAUCUGCUUACUCAGCUUGACACUCCAGAUCCAGUUGCCAAGAAUAUGGCUUUCCUUAAGCAGCUGCAAUUCAUCAAGGAAAUUGGCAGUGCAUCCCAAAAUCUCUCUGGAGCAAUUAAUGAGCUUAUCCACGCCAUAAUGACUGUAAUCAAAUGUGUUCUCCAGUUCAGUGUUCUAGAUCCUAAGUAUUUUGAAGCUGAAGAACAACCAUCUGCCCCGACUGAAAUAGCCAGAGCUACCUACUGGACGAUUCAUAGUGUUGUGACCUGCGGCUCUUAUAUUGCUAAACUUGUUGGGUUGAGAAAUCAGAACACCAUGGCAGAAAUGACAUCGCGACUGAAAACGCUGGCUUCUAAAGUUAGUAGCAUGCAGAAAGUCCUGCAAGUUAAAAUUUCUCAUCGCAAACAUGAAAUUGAAACUUACAAGUGGCUCAUCAAUCGUUUCAACACAUACCAAGACCAUACCAUCCUCAGCGACUUAUUUGACGUCGAGGGUGGGAAGACAGCCCUUGUGGUAGGCCAUGACAACAAGAAAGAGGUCGAUAUUAAUUCGCUAAAGGGUUCCAACGUGUGGCUGCUCAUAUCUGGUCCUGGUGCCUGUCAUGCAGAAAUGAAGACUCUUACUAAAUUGUACCUAAAACUGCAAACCAAGGAGCAGAAUAGGUAUCAUAUAGUGUGGCUUCCAAUUGUGGACGAGUUCAAUGAACGCGAGUUUUCGUCAUUGCAAUCCCUGAUGCCUUGGUACACAGUGCGAAAUCCUAAAAUCAUCAAACCAGUGGCCAUUAGGUACAUCAGGGAGGUAUGGAAAUUCACAAAUGAGACAAUUCUGGUGCCACUGCUUCCAAAGGACAUGCAAAAUCCCUUACCCCUCAAUCUGCAGAUAACCCUGGAUCUACUUCUCGGAGGAAUUUAUCCAGAAGAUUCGGUAAAGAAUUCCACAAAGAUCACCAUAGAUUUGGUUUAUGUGAGCAAGAACAAUGCCAUCGAUCAUUACAACAACGCCAUUUUCGAUUUCAUCACGGCAAAGAAGGUUGGUGGAUACUGGAAAGCUGAUGAAACACACAGUUGGCACUUUUGGACCCGAUUGGAAAGCAUCUUUUCUUGGGGGAUAAGAGAUGGCAAGAAUGCUAAAGAAAACGAUACCAUGAGAGAUGUCAUGUCUUUGCUAAGCUUCAAUGGCAGCUACAAGGGAUGGGCUGUGUUUGGUCAAUUAGGAUCAUCUCAUAAAGUGGUGAAAGCCACAGGAGAAGUCGUUCUGGAUGUGUUGUUAAGGAUAAAUAACUGGUGGAAAGCUGGCACGAACGUUGAUUCUUUUAUGCUAGCACUCAACCAACAGAUCGAACAACAUCUUAAGGUCCAAAAACACCAUUGUUAUCACAUUGUUCUCCCCAUCACUGUUCCAAGGGUCCCAGAUGAGAUGAUGAUAUGCGCAAUUUGUGAUCGUAAAAUGGGCAAGUACCUGAUGUACCGUUGCUACUGGAUGAUUAACCAGUCUCCAUAUAAGUAUGUGCUUGUGUGUAUGUUAAGUCUAGCUCUACACGAGCUAAAGAAGGGAAAGAUGCAGGAGCUUCCUAAGUUGCAAGCUGCAUUGAUCCUUGUUAGGAUGAGAAACUUUGUACAAUCUGUUGAUAUUGAAGCAUGGCAAAGAAUUGUUAAAGGUCCUAAAAUUCCAUUAGAAUUACAUACUGAUGGUCAUAGAGAAAAACUUGAAGAGGAAUAUAAUGAACUUGAUUGGAAGAAAUUUUCUUCAAAUGCUAAAGCUUUAAAUAUUCUUCAUAGUGCACUUGAUGCAACUGAAUAUAACUGUAUUUCAAGUUGCACAUCUCCAAAAGAAGUGUGGGAUAAACUUAAAGUCGCUUAUGGGGGGACUAAUCAAGUGAAGGAAUUAAAAGCCAAUAGACUUGUUUGA